UCAAAUUGAUAUGGUUUUUUCCUGUUUUGAAAAAAAAAAACAAUUAGUUUCUAAUUGAUCUGCUAUGUGAUUUCACUUUUUACUCUUGAAUUUUAUAGGGUAUCAUAUUAAAAAGAAUUUUUUGGAUUAUUUAAUACUUUUUAAGGCGAAAAUUUAUAUUGUUAUUUGCCAUGAAAUUUCAAUCGUGUUUUGAUUAAUUGAAAAUCUUCUCUGGAUUAUUGAAGUAUGUUUGUGAUUUGUCCUUUCUCAAACAUUGUUUUUUUUUAACUUUUUAUAUAUCAUGUUGGUAGGCUAUGUUUUUUUUUUCUUGUAACUGAUGAAACGUGCUUAAAAUAUGUCCUUGCUAUGCGGAUGCAUGAAUAUUGAGUAUAUGCAUCAUGAGACCCUAUUUAUCUUAGAGUUAGACUUGCACGUGCUGUAGAACUUGAUGUUUGUAGCGUAUAUACUUUUGGUAAUUUUUACUAGUGAUGUUGUUGCUCUUUAAGAUAAAAAAUAAUGCUUUUCAUUAAUUGUUUUUCGCUUGAUGUUGCUCAUUGUUGUUGCUAUACAACAUCGGUAAGCUGUAUUUUUUUUUUAAAAAAAAUUGACAAAUGCUUCGGUUGUUAAAGGAACACCGAAGCAUUUGUAUCACAAAUGCUUCGGUUUUCCCUUAGCCAGAGUAUUUGUUAAAUUCUCGUAUGGCGUCUGCUACGGGUAAAAUACAUAGCAUUUGUGGGAUUUUUAACUGGAACAUUUGAGCUUUUUUGUACUAGUGAACAAUAUUAAAUUAUCCCUAAUCUAGUAUUGAAAUAUGCUCAAUCAAAUAAGCAAGAAUAAUUAUUAAAUAAUUAAUUGGGAAAUUUAAAGGUAUUAUCAUGAAUUAAUUCAUUGUAGGGUUCAACUUAACCAUAGUUUAAAGAACUACCCAAGCAUGAUUGAGAUAAUAAACAAGCUAGAGAAGAAUAAUUAAAAUUCAUAACAGAAAACAAAGAGAAAAGAAGGAGAAAAUAAAUAAUUAAAUUAAUAAAAGAAAAGAGAGUUUUGGAGAACAAUUAAGAUCUACAAGUUUCUCUCUCUAACUUAUCUCCAUAACCUCAAAAAAGUGUAUAAACAUUAACUAAGUCCCCUCAUAAAACAAGUAAAAGAGUAUUGGAUUUUCCUACGUUACAUCCUUUGUGUUUUUUCACUUUCUACGUUGUACCCCAAUCUUUUAUAAAUUUUACACGGUACCCUCAAGUUUACCUUUUUUUAAUGCACAAUACCCUUACCGUUGAUCAUACAUCAUUAAUUUCGUCUAUUUUUUAUAAUUUGGUGGAACAAAUCUGAUUAAACAAUCCCUUUAAGGGGUAAACCGUAAACUAUGUAUAAAUCAAAUUAUUUCCAUUAAAUUAAAAAAAAUAAAUGAAUUAAUGACAUAUAAUCAGCAGUUUGGGCAUCGUGCAUUUAAAAAGGUAAGGUUGAGUGGUAUCAGGUGGAACUUAUAAAAAGUUUGGGUACGACAUAAAAACUGAAUAAACACAAGGGUAUAACAUAGUAAAACCCAAGAGUAUUUAUAGCUUUCCAAAAUAACAAAAUCGGCAAAAUAAGUCGUGCUAUGUAGCAGAUCAACACAGACGUGUCAAUAAAGAUACGGACAUGUUGACAUGUAAGCAUAUAAACUAUUAUACCAUAUCUCCCUUCUCUCCUCUUCCUCCUAAAAAAGUGUAAUCCUUUUCUUCUAGUUUGGGAAUGCCAUCAUCAUUUCGAUGGUAGCAAACCCACAAUUCUUCUUUUUCUUCUAAUUUUUAUUGCUUUUGUCAAUAAUAAUUCCCCCAUUCUCUAUUGUUUUGAGAGUUUAUAUCCAAUUUCUGGGUUCUUUCUCUCCUUUUAUGGGAUUUUGGAGUUUGAUUUUAUUCUCUUCCCACGUGAAAGUUUAAAAAUUGGUAUGGAAAAUUGUUUCUAUUAGUUGAAAUUGAAGACUAUCAACAUAAAGGUAUUGAAACUUUGGAUGCGGUCAACAAGGAUAAAUCAAGAAUUUUUUUUCCCAAGACUAUAUCAGAAUGAUAGACUUCUCCAUCAAUACCUGCUUGAUUCAGCAAAUACAAGGGGAUUGUGUUGUAUUGCUGAAUCUGGUUCAUUAUAUUUUCUUCGAAAAUAAAUUUGAUUUGAUCUUGUCUAAUUAUAUCUUGUUUUUUCUUUAAUACUUACCGUAGAUGUUAUUUUCUUUCAAUUAAUAAAAUUUCUCUUUAAAAAAAAGUAUAAGCUAUUAUACGAUUAGAAGUUGUUGCUUUGGAGAAAACAGAGCAACACGGACGUGUUGUCCCGUAACCAUCAGAUUUUUAAGCUCAUCUUCGAACCACUAUAACUUUUGAUCAGGAGCUUUGUUUGGCAGAUGUAAUAUGUUGUUGGAAACCUCAUUAUCAUAUUUAUAAAAAAAUUAUGAGAAAAAUAGUGAAUAGGUGUCAUAUUUCGCACAACCAUGAAUAGAGGGUUGUAUCCUCUUCAAUUCUAAUCCGUUGUCAGCAUAUAUGAUAUAUCGUUUCAAAGGUAAUCCAAGAGAAUUAAUCCUAAUUUUCUUCAUAGGAGUAUAUAGUACCUGAAAUUAUAUCAAAACACAGAAAAACCCGUGAAAGCAACAAAAUUUAUGAAAAGAGAUCUAAAUAUGCACAAAUGCAAUGUAAAUGCUCUAAUACUACCUGAAAAUGCACGUAUACAAAUAAAUUAUGCUAAUAUAUGAACUUAUUAGUCAUUAAAUAGACUGGAGCGGCACCCAUUGAUGAAAAGUAGUUUGAAUUACUUACAAGUACAAAUGAGGUUCUAAUGUAAAACAGAAUGGAUUAAAGAGAGGAAAAAGGGGGAUGGAUUAAAACAGUAAUUACAGGGCUAUACCUAGAAAAACUAGCGCAGCUUUAGCAAAACCCAAAGGUUAUGAAGGUUGUCUAGAUUUUUGAGAAGAACACACCAUGUAGUUUCAUUUAGAUCGAAGUUGCGAAAAUUACUGGGAUAAGCUUUAAAGUUGUCCAUGUGUUGUUGGUAUCUUAAAGUAAAAGCCCACAAGAUAGUCCCACAUUAUGCGCAAAUUAGAUCAUGCACCGAGGUGCAGGAUGAGCAUCCUGCACCUCGGUCUAAACGGUGGCGUUUUGUGUGUUUGAGGAGGGGCCAAAAUUUGGCUUUUUGGCGCCUUUUGUGAAAUGGGCCAGCUUGGGUUAUGUCAUGCAAAGUCAUGCUGUACUUUGUAAUCAAUCAAUCAUUCUCUCUCUUUCUCUCUCAUAAAUUUUAGAAGAAGCAAUUUAAAUCUCUCUCAAUUUUUUUCUUCUUCACUGAUUUUCUCCAUUAGUUUCAUAAUUUUCUUUUAUGUUUUUUUACCAAAAGUUUUAGAUUGUUGGAUUUUCGGUUUUGCAUUUUAUAAAUCUUUACAAGUUUCAUGGUACGUAAGUUGGAAAAUGGAGGAUAUAACUGAAAAUGAGGGAGUUUGAGUAGACAAUAUUGGUCUUCAUAAUGCAAUGGAAGAUUUAAGGAAUGAAGGAGAAAGGGAAGAAGAUGAAGUAGCUAAGGAGAAUGGUAUUUAGCUACGAAUUUUUUUUCUAAUGUACAAAUGCGUGUUGGAUGAUGUGCAAGAGUAUAGGAGUGUACAAUUGGGCAUUAUCAAUGUUCAAAGUGUUGACUUUUAAUGUACAAUAUUAUUUUAUGCUUUUAGUUAGAUACGUCAGAUAUCCCAUGAAAUGUCAUUUUGCGCAGACAAUUUUUUACUUUGGUAAUUACAUAAGUCAGUCAUUCACUUUGUCUCUCAUUUAUUGUGGUAGAAACAAUUAAAUGUCUCUCAUUUAUUUUUCAUUUAUUGUUGUAAAAACAAUUGAAUGUCUCUCAUGAAUUUUUCAUUUAUUGUGUUCUUCAUUGAAGUCUCCCUUAUUUUCAUGUAUGUCUGUCAUAAAUUCCGGGAAGUUGAAAUUAUGUAUGUAUUCCUGUUUUGCAUAUGUAAAUUUGUGAUGUGUUUAAUGUUACUCACUUUGACGAUUAGAAGAUAACUAGAAAUAUACAUUUAGGGUAUUCCAGUGAUCAUAUCAAUGACAGCCAAUGUACAUACGUUUAUAUGUGGGGUAGUAUUAUGUUGUUGGUGUGUAAUAAUGCAAAUUGUACAUGUUGUUAUGUUAUAAUUGUUACUUUAUUUGUCUAUAGAAUACGUUGAGUGCGAGACAUCUGAAUUGAUACAGAAAGAGGUGGUUAAUGAUGAAGAAGCUUACAAGUUAUACAAUGACCAUGCAUUUAAAUGCGGAUUUGGUAUCCGUAGGGGAAAAGUGUGUUGGAGAUAUGAUACGAAGACCAUCAGGCAACGUUUUUUGGUUUGUAGUCGUGCAGGAUUGAAAGACAUAAAAACUGGUGUGCCUAAGGCAUAUACUAAGCUUGAUCAACGGUGUGAUGUAAAGCGUACAUUCAAUUUGAUGUAUCCAAAGAGUCUGGACUUUUCAUUGUUACUAAGCACCAUAUGAUUCACAAUCACCCCAUGGUGCCAGUAAUACAAAGACAUUUAAUUAGAUCUCAUAGGAAAGUUACUGUUGAACAAUUGCACAUGAUUAAUAAUUUGAGAAGUUGUGGUGUUGGGGUUGCUGAAGCUGUGCGUGUAUUGAGGAAGGAAGCUGGGGGAUCUGCCAAUCUUGGGUUUGGGCACAGGGAUGCUUAUGAUGCAGUUGCUGCUCAAAGAAAGAAAGAACUUGAUGGUUGUGACAGUAACCAGUUAAUUAAGAACUUUUCACAAAGGCAAGCAGUGGAAUGUGAUUUUUACUAUGACGUUCGACUAGAUGCUAUUGGCCACUUAAUAAGUUUUUUUUGGAGAGAUGGAAGAAUGAAAAGGGAUUAUGAAGUGUUUGGAGAUUUGGUUGUUCAUGAUACGACGUACCGAACGAAUAAGUAUGGGAUGAUUUGCGGUCCGUUUGUUGGGAUGAACCAUCACCAAAGGAAUGUGAUGUUUGGAGUUGGUUUCCUACUAAAUGAAGACACCGAUUCGUUUGUGUGGUUGUUUGAGUCUUUUUGAAAAGUAUGGGAGAUAGGUCGCCUAUAACCAUAAUGACUGACCAAGAUGCCGCCAUGGCGAAGGCUAUAAGCAUUGUCUUUCCCAAUGUUAUACAUCGUCUUUGUAUAUGGCACAUAGGGAAAAAUUCCAUCAACAAUAUAAAAGGCUUGAGGGGGAAGGCUGGAUUUGUGGAUCUAUUCAAUUAUGUUUUAAAACAUUGUGAGACCAAGAGUGAGUUCAAGCACUAUUGGACAAGUAUGACUACCAAGUACAAGUGUGAUGCAUGUCCUUGGUUGAUGAGGUUGUAUAAGUUAAGGAAGAUGUGGUGUCCUGUCUACUCCAAGGAUUACUUCUCAGGGGGGGUGCUGUCAUCUCAAAGAAGUGAGACCACAAACCAUUCUUUGAAUCAAAGGCUCCAUAGAAUGCAAGGCCUUUGCGAUUUCUACAAGGUGUUUAUAGAUGUUGUUGAGGAGUGGAGGGAUAGGGAGAAUGGUGAAGAUUACAAUGCACUUAAUGGCAACAAACAUCUAGCAUUUGUAGAUGUUAAGUUACUCAAUGAGGCAAAGAAGAUAUACACUGUGGCUGUUUAUCUGACAUUCGAGGAAAAUUUCAUUAGAGGUGCGUCAUUUUGCCAGAAACUAGUCAAGUAUGAUCCCCCUAUUUUUGAAUACCAUGUAGGUCGCACUGAGAAAGAAUACUUAAUGCAUCUUGUUAGAUUUGACCAAGAAAAUAUGACAAUUGAUUGUACAUGUAAGUAUUUCACUGAGAUGGGUCUAUUAUGUUCGCAUUCAUUGAGGAUUUUCCACAUUCAUAAUGUUGAAAAUAUCCCCGAAAGAUACAUUUUGGGUAGAUGGGCAAAACAUGCUAUGUGUACAAGAGUUGACGAUGACGUGGGCAAGGAUGUAAACAUUGUUCAAGCGUCGGUGUGGCGUGUUCAAACUACUAGGGAUUCUUUAGCAAUAAUCAAUUCAACCCAACAUGACAUAGCUGCUAGGAAGGUUGUGGAAAAUGCUUUAAGUGAUUUGAAGUCAAAGGUUGUGUUGCUUAUUGGGAAGGUUGAUGAAUCUAUCACAAUUGAUGAAGUGACAAAUUUGUUAUAUCCUGUUGUGAAAGACCCACCUAAAAAGAGGAAGAAAGGAGCUAGGAAUGUAAGGUUGAAGAGCACUGUGGAAAAACAGGUUAAUAGGUUAAGAGGGUGGAAGAAAACUGCUGAGAAAGCUGCAUUGAGGAACAAGGCAAAAGCGCAAAAAUCUGUCCAGGAAUACAUUGAUAUACCUGAAGAGUGUAAUGUAGCUCACUCAACACACAACAAGUCUCUUCUUGAUGUGUAUGGACCUGACGAUUAUUUCCAUAUUAACCACAUCCCUGGGGAAGGUAGUAAUGUUGAGCAGCCGCAUCAUAAAGCCGCUUUGGAAGCCUACCAUGAAUAUUCUGAGAAGCUUUUUGGUAAUUGAGAAUCGAUAUUUAUUGUCAGUUAACAUGAAUAUUUUGAUGAGCUCUUUUGGGGGGAAUGAAACGUAGUCCACAGUGAAUGAGUUGUUGAUACACUAUUUAUUUUUUGAAUUCAUGUAGCUCAUUCACAUUGUACUUUGUCCAAAACACCCAAAAACGUGCUUGUAAUUCUUCUAGUAAAGAGGUAUGUAAUUCCUCUUUAUAUAAUUCCUCUUGAAAGAAUAUUUUGA